AGAUGAUCAGUAAUAAGCGAGUCGUGGCCGGAGAUACUACACUGAAACUCUAACAUGUCCAAGUCGGGAAUCGUACUGUACGGAGUGGAUCUGAGUCCUUGUGUGAGGGCUGUGAAGAUCACCCUGAAGGCUCUGGGCCUGGACUACGAAUACAAGGAGGUGAACCUGCAGGCUGGGGAGCACCUGAGCGAGGAUUUCCUGAAGAAGAAUCCACAGCACACGGUGCCAGUUCUGGAUGACAACGGCACUGUGAUCUGGGACUCGCACGCCAUUGCCAUCUACUUGGUGGACAAGUACGGCAAGUCGGAUGAAUUGUAUCCCAAGGACCUGGCCAAGAGGGCGGCCAUCAACCAGCGGCUCUUCUUCGAUGCCAGUGUCUUGUUCCCCUCCCUGGCCAGUGUUAGUGGCCCGUUCUGGGUCAGUGGAGUGACUGUGGUGGCCCAGGAGAAGCUCAAUAACAUCCAUCGGGGUCUGAAGCUGUUGGAGACCUUCCUGUCGGGUAGUGACUAUCUGGUGGGGGACUCCCUGACCCUGGCUGACAUUUGCACAGGCCCCACUGUGACCAGUCUGCCCGCCGCCGUGGACAUCGAUCCUGCGGUCUACCCCAAGGUCACAGCCUGGCUGGCUCGUCUCAACCAGACACCCCACUUUAAGGAUAUCAAUGAGGAGCAUGCCAACAACUACUGCUCCUUCCUGCGCAGCAAGUGGACCAAAUUGGGAGAUUAAAAAAUGAAAAUAUUUGUAAUAUCUUGAAGUGUAUGAUAAGAGAAUAAAAGUAUGAUAAUGUAA